AGCCGGAGGGGGAAGCUGCCCGUAACAGCGAGGUAGAGUCGGUACUUCUUAUUGGAACAUGACGACGUGGUUGAAUGAAGACAAGUCACACCUAUCGCUAUCGCAGAUUUAUAUCACACAAGAAAAGGCAAAAGUCACAGCUCGCAUGCCGACUUGAGCUUCCUACACCAGGCUCCUGGGCCAUCAAUUGUCUGCUUCUGACUGGUCUGCUGACCCUCUUCGCUCCAAGUUGUAAACGCGCCCUGCAUACCACAAAACGCCAGCAUCAUCAUGUGGAACAGUCUGUCCAGCUUUGCGCAAAAGGCCCAGGUCUUUGUCGACCAGAACCUGCAACCGGCUCUGAACAACUUGGCGCCCUCGGACAAUCGCUCAGCAAAGGCCGCCCUUUUCCGUCAUCAGUUCCGUCUUCCAGACUCACAGAAUCCCCUUUACGAAAUCACGGCUGAGUUGACCUUGCCGCCUAAGACGCCCUCGUCAUCAAAGUCGUCGUCCGAUACUCCGCGUAAGAGCAAUGAGCAGCGUAAUAAUUGGGACAGAGAGCGUGGAAACCACUAUGUCGGUCGCUUGCACUUGUCGGAGAAGUUCUUGUGCUUUUCGACUCAGAACUCAAGCUUCCUGCCUACUGCGAGUACUUCUCUAGCUGCGGCCUUUACUGGCCAAACCAAUGGUGCGGGUCCUGCUGGCAAUGGCUUCACUCUGCCUCUAUGCGCCGUUCGUAGAGUAGAGCGUCUGCACAGUCAGAGCUACAUGUUCGCCUUGUCCAUCACAACAUGGAACGGCUACCCGGCUGCCGAUGAGAAGAACACAAAACACACUGGCAAGACAGCUCCGCCAGCACCCAAGCUCACGAUUCAGCUGGCUGGCAGUAGAGUACAGUGUGAGAAGUUUUGCGACAUGCUUAAGAAGGGACUACGUGAGGGGAUGCGCGAAGUUGAUGGUAUGCGCAAGGUCGUGGGAGAGUGCUACUCUGAGUUUAUGCUUGCCGCCGAGGCCAAGCGUCGCACUGAGAAAGACUCGCCAUCGGAGAAGUUGAUCGAUGAUCAGAACCCAGAGGAACAGCUGAAACCUCCAGAUGCUGGUCUGGGUAUGCAGUUCCGCUAUCCUGGCGACCCCAAGAAACUCAGAGACAAGGGCAAGAUGAGAUUGUGGUAUGAAUAUCUACGAGAAAAUGGUCGCAAUGCCACACUUGUCAGACAGCCGGAUCUGCCUCGACUUGUCAGAAUUGGUCUUCCCAAUCGUCUGCGAGGUGAAGUGUGGGAACUCACAUCAGGAUCUUUCUACCUGCGAAUGCUACAACCGAAGCUGUACCAAGAAACACUCACAAAGUACGAAGGCCAACACUCACUCGCUAUUGACGAGAUCGAAAAGGAUUUGAACCGUAGUCUGCCCGAGUAUCCUGGUUUCCAGAGCGAAGAGGGCAUUGGCCGCUUGCGUCGAGUUCUCACUGCAUACAGUUGGACUAACUUGGAAGUCGGCUACUGUCAAGCUAUGAACAUUGUCGUAGCCGCCCUCCUGAUCUAUCUCUCAGAAACACAGGCUUUUUACCUUCUUUCCAUUCUUUGCGAUCGCCUGUUACCAGGAUACUACUCACAAACUAUGUACGGCACACUUCUGGAUCAGCGUGUGUUCGAGUCACUCGUUGAGAGAACACUACCCAUACUUUCUGAACAUCUCGCCAAGUCGGACGUCCAACUAUCAGUCGUGUCAUUACCCUGGUUCCUCUCACUAUACAUCAACUCCAUGCCCCUCAUGUUUGCAUUCCGAGUUCUUGACGUCUUCUUCCUCGAAGGACCGAAGGUCUUGUUCCAAAUUGGUCUGGCCAUUCUCAGAGUCAAUGGUGAGGAGUUGUUGGAUGCCACAGAUGAUGGCACAUUCAUCUCGGUACUUAAGUCGUACUUUGCUCGUCUCGGCGAGUCUGCGCACCCCAAGUCCGAGAACCCCAAGUUGCGAGCCGUGACAAACUUCCAAGCUCUGAUGGUCGUUGCUUUCAAAGAGUUCUCCGGAAUCACACAACAAAGCAUCUCAGACCUGAGAGCCAAGCACAAGGAUGCUGUUCUCGACAACAUCGAAUCUUUCGCAAAGCGCACGUCAAUCAGGAACCUCGGACCCGAGAGUAAGAAGCUGAGUACCAUUGAUCUUGGCUUCUUGUACGACAGAUUCUACGGCAUACUUUACGAACGCCAGCAGAGAACGGAGAUGAUUCAGCAAGAGCAGGAGCGAAGGGCAAAGGCUGCCAAGACCAAGGCUUCUGAGCUUGUCAGUGGCAUUCCCAGCAACGUCGAGAUGGGCAGAGUUGGUAUGGGCCCUAGUCCUACUGAGAUGGACUACGAUGCUUUCCGAGAGCUUUUGGCCGGUCUUGCGAAGUGGGCAAUCACCGACUCACCCAGCUCGCCUGCCAAGCAGGAGUCCGAGAGGAACGGUGGUGGUUACUUUGCCAACACUUUCCGCGCUCGUUCCAUAUCACUAUCUCCGUGGGGUUCCGGACCUGAACCUGCCGAGCAUGAGUUCAUGCAACGCCUGUUCAAGUCUUGGGACACUGACAACUCAGAGGCGCUCAAUCUACAGAAGGUUGUCGCUGGGUUUGCCCGCAUCAAGGGUCCUCGUGACAUCAUGUCGAACAUCAGCUACUUUUUCGAUCUCUACGACGAUGAUAAAGAUGGCAAAAUGGACCGAGAAGGCAUUUUACGCAUCUCAGAAGCUUUGCUCUUCUUGUCGAGACGAGGCAUCUCCGGCUCUGUCACACCCUCUGCAUCCUCUACCAAUCUUGCUGCCCAAGCCGAGAUCGGACCCGAUGGUAUGCCGUUGAGGGUGAACAAGGACGAGCAAUUCUUGAGUAGCAUAUCAGCUUUCAUCAGAAGAUGCUUCGAAUAUGCCGACCCGGACCAAUCGCCAGCAGUAACACAACAGCCAUCUGCCGAGACUGCCGCAAUUACCGAGAAAGAAUCGGAUGACUCGGCCGAUGCCGCAGCAGACAAUCUCAACUCCUUCAGCAUUGGCGAUGACGACGACGAAGACGAGGAUGCUGAUGAUGAUCUAGUCAAAUUCGAUGAUGAGGACUCGAAACCAGGGAACUCAAAGACACCAUCCACGAAGACAGAGGAGACAGCAUCGGUACCCUCCAUCACCAAAACUCCCGUUACACCUAUCACAAACGCCCCCUUCAACUUUGGCCAAACGACACCGAGCAAAAAUGCAAGCGCCAACAAAGCCCUCGAUCCCAACCAUCCUCUCUUCAUCACCCUCCCGACCUUCCGCAUGCUCAUUCUCGCCGAUGAAGCUCUCGAAACGUUCUUCGACUCUGGCUUCCCCAACUCCUUCCAUCUUGCCGAUGCACCACUUCCCGCUGGCACCAUCUCCACAGCCAACCUCACAACUUUCAGCAAUUUGCCUGCCAAAGUACACUUGCCUGUUCUCAGCCCCGGCGGCCCUGGCGCAGGCGUCAUGGCACCAGGAAAGGGUCUUCGUGGCAUGCUCGACAAUAUCGUCACAGACGGCAUGCGCGUAGCAGCCGAAGUCCGCCGUCGCAUGGACGACGCUCAGAAGGAAAUCGACCGCGGCGCAUCUACCCGCGGCACCGGCGCCGAAGAGUCCGACGACGAAGAAGACGUCAGCGGCAGAGAUUUACUCGAAGGCGCCGAAGUCGAUGCCGCUGCUCCUCCUGCCGCACCAUCGAGAACAGAAAGCAUAGACGCAGCUGCCGAUCAAAGCAUUGCUCAAGACCUUGAAGCCGCAAAGAUUGACAAGGGAAAGGGAAAAGCAAAGGAAGUUGACGACGUACAGAAGAGUAUGGUAUUUGAGCGAUAGUGUCCCAGACUAAGCCCUGUGCAAGAAGAAGAGAUGGGGGAAGUCAUAAUCGUCGCGCCUGAUUAUGGCGAAGAUGCGCAAGAGUACACACAGCGUACCAUCUUCGAGACCAUCAAGUCUGCCUUUUGGUCAUUUUGGAACUGGCUAUGUUGUCGUGGGAUAGGCGUGGAUGGUGGAGACGAGGACGAGGACGAGGACGAGGACGAGUUUAUGAGGAUUGAGGAUUGAAGGUUUUCUAAAGAACUUGUGGGGUUUUCUUUAGAAGUAUAGUUAUGUGUUGCCUUUUGUAUGAUCUACUGGUG